AGAGUCAUCUGUGAGUGGACUUAACUGUCAGGGGACCUUUACCUUUACCUUUAUGACAUGCCAAAAGUGCUGGAGGGUGCAAUGAAAAAAUGUAGGGCUCCGUCAGAAGGUCAGAACAUCUGGAACCCAGUAAAAGGGCAAGAUCAGGGUUUCUUCAUGGUAUGUGCUUGCAGUAUAGGCACAAAACUCCAGGCCAGAUUUGAAACGAGCAGGGCUUUUGCUGUACUUUCCUUUUGAUGUCUCAGUUUCCAACAGCCCUUCAAUAGCUCUGCAGGAGACUAAAGGAUGGGCUUCUCCCAGAGAUCUUGGUGUCUGCUGGCAAACCAAGUAGAUGAUUGACAGAAGAGGCAGGCCUUCCCCUGGCACAGCUCCCCCAGGGAUGGCUGGCAGGAGGAGGCACGCCCCUGGAAUACUGUCGCAGCAGCAAGGCCUUGCUUUGUUGGUUGCUAAGGAACCACCUCUUGAGACACAGCUGGUGCCGGGAGCUGAGAGGCCAGAUUGCCACUGUGAGGAUCAAACAACUGGGCCCUUGGCACCUGUGGAAAUGCCAUGGCAGGAGCCUGGAAGCAAUUUAGCUACCAACCCCUGAGCUUCUUGGAGGCUGCCCUGGCCGAGUGCACAGAAGCACUGAACCGCUUCCUGAAAAACCAGUUCAGUGAGAGCUUGGAGAUGCUGCAACCCAGGGCCAAAGAGAGCAUGUAUCAUGCCUUAAUCUAUGCCACCAUUCUCGAGAUGCAAGCCAUGAUGACCUUUGAGCACGAUGACAUUGUUCAUGCUGGACACACUAUGAAAGAGGCACAGGAAAUCUGCCAGAGGUUUCGAAGGAAAAGCACGGUGACCGGAUCCUUCUCCAGUCGGCUAGGCGGAGAUGCCUGUACUGAGGAGGAGCUGCAUGCAGAAGUGUGCUACGCAGAAUGCUUGCUGCACCGGGCUGCCCUCACCUUCCUGCAGGAUGAAAAUAUGGUGAAUUUCAUAAAAGGAGGAAUCAAGGUGCGUAGCAGCUACCUCAUCUACAGGGAGCUCAACAGCUUCAUCCAGCCCCAUCAGUUGCCAUCGAGUUCUCCUUCUCGCGCCCAUCUGGAGGGGGGAGUUGCGCUGGGCAUUGGUGCCUUCAACUUGACGCUCUCCCUUUUCCCGCCCCGGAUCCUGAGACUUCUGGAAUUUGCAGGGUUUUCAGGGGACAAGGAUUACGGCCUGCAGCAGCUGCAUCAGGGGGCCACCACAGCCAACCUGCGGGCUUUGCUUUGUACAAUGUUGCUCCUCUGCUACUACACCUUCCUUACCUUCGUCUUAGGGAUUGGUGAAGACAAUUUUACAGAGGCUGAGGCCCUCCUGAGUCCGUACCUCGCCCGCUACCCUAAGAGUGCCAUUUUCUUAUUCUUCGCUGGGAGGAUAGAGGAGAUCAAAGGGAACAUCAAUGAGGCCAUCAAGAAGUUUGAAGAAGGCUGCUCAGCCCAGCAGGCCUGGAAGCAGUUUCACCAUAUGUGCUACUGGGAGCUGAUGUGGUGCUUUGCCUACAAAGGAAUGUGGAAGAUGGCCUACUUCUAUGCGGACCUGCUGAGCAAGGAGAAUCGCUGGUCCAAGGCAAUGUAUGUGUACAUGAAAGCUGCCUUCCUUAGCAUGCUGCCUCCAGAGGAACCACGGCCUUUUGGUGAGGAUGAGGUUGAGCUCUUCAGGCAAGUUUCCUCCUUCAAGCAGAAGAUCGCAGGGAAGUCUCCACCCACAGAGAAGUUCGCCAUCCGCAAAGCGAGGCGCUACAAAGCAAGCGAACAUGUUCCUCUGCCUGUGCCAGCCCUGGAGAUGAUGUAUAUGUGGAAUGGAUUCACCGUCCUGGGCAAGCGCCAGGAACUGCUCAAGGGGACUCUAGAGACUCUGACACAGGCUGAGAAGCUGCUACAGAAAGCACCAGCCAGUGAGUACCAGGUGGACGACCGGUGUCUGGUGCUACUUCUCAAAGGCCUGGUCCUCAAGCACUUGCACAGUUCGGCUGAAGCAGAGGCUUGCUUCAGUGCUGUCCAUGGCAGUGAGAAGAGGAUCCGGUAUGAUCACUACUUGGUACCAAACGCACUCCUGGAGUUGAGUCUCCUCUAUGUGGCACAAGGCCGUAAUGAGGAGGCUGUGCAACUGCUUCGUCGGGCGAAGAACAACUACAAGAAUUAUUCAAUGGAGUCGCGCACUCUCUUCCGGAUACAUGCUGUAUUGUCCAAACUCAAGGCUGGACAGGAAGAAAACGGUGCAGUUGGAGACAGCCCUUCCUAGGGGAUGGUGUGUUUCCUGCCUUCUGUCUCGAAAGAGGAGGUGAACUGUUGCUCUCAGGAGCACCUAGACCAAAGAAGGAACCUGUCAAAGUACAAGGUCUUGAGAUGAUCCCUCCUUCCUCGGGUGGGUGCGUUUGGAAGGAAUGUGUUGUCGUCACCUGCUGUGCUGCUUGGCUACCAAUCUAGUGCUUGAUACUUGGUGUGUGGGAAUGGACAAGGCUUUACCCAUCAGAAUUUUGACUUCCAAGACCAGGGAGUAGCUGGGGAAAUAAUUGCUUGCUAAUCAAUGAAGCUGAAAGGAGGAUCUCAUCUUCAUUAAUCAGCCUCCUCUCUCAAGGUCCUACAAAUGAAGGUUAAGAUCUCCCCCCUCCUCCAACAAUCUAAUCAAUACUUGGAAAUAACCUGAAGAUGUAAUAAUAAUAAUAAUAAUAAUAAUAAUAAUUUAUUAUUUAUACCCCGCCCAUCUGGCCGGGUUCCCCCAGCCACUCUGGGCGGCUUCCAAAAAAAACGAAAUUCUAAAAUACAGAAAUCCAUCAAACAUUAAAAGCUUCCCUAAACAGGGCUGCCUUGAGAUGCCUUCUAAAGGUCUGGUAAUUGUUCUCUUUGACCUCUAGUGGGAGGGCAUUCCACAGGGUGGGUGCCACUACCGAGAAGGCCCUCUGCCUGGUUCCCUGUAACUUGGCUUCUCGUAAUGAGGGAACCGCCAGAAGGCCCUCGGAGCUGGACCUCAGUGUCCGGGCAGAACGAUGGGGGUGGAGACGCUCCUUCAGGUAUACCGGACCGAGGCCGUUUAGGGCUUUAAAGGUCAACACCAACACUUUGAAUUGUGCUCGGAAACGUACUGGGAGCCAAUGUAGGUCUUUUAGGACCGGUGUUAUGUGAUCUCGGCGGCCGCUCCCAGUCACCAGUCUAGCUGCCGCAUUCUGGAUUAGUUGUAGUACUGGAUGUAGUACCGCAUUCUGGAUGUAGUACUCUUUUUGGUUUACUGUCUCCUUUUUCGUUGGCAAACCCUAAUCCUCUUGCCUUCUUGGUCCCUGAUCUUUUAACUCAGCAAGCCACAGCACCCUGGAGCCUGCAUCAUUUCAUUUCACAUUGGUGUUGAACCUGAAAGUUUCAGUCGCCUAGCAAAGACUUCCAGCUUUGGCUAGAAACUGGGUUUAUCUCAACAUUCUGCUGUGGCCUUCAACUUUUUGGUACUGAUUUGAUCGUUCUCCAUUUAAGGACAAAGUUUUCAAAUGUUGGAAAGGAAUAAGGUGGUGAUUUUAGCAGUUUCUUGAAGCAGGGUAACAGCCAGUCAUUCAUGUCCUACACAAGGGUGGGUAAAUAUUUUAAGUGAAACCACCUCAUGUAAUAACUGGACCGUGGUACUUUGGAAACAGCUGCAGGGCAAUGCGAUCUCUUCUAUCAUUUAAGUUUCAGUGCUGUCCAUGCGUAUAUAUGUUCAUUGCUGAUCAUCCUGGUUAAAAGCAGCCGAUGGGCCUACCAUCCGAAAUUGUCUUCCUUUCAAUGUGGUUAUUGAAUUGGCCUCUAGUGAUGAGUUCUACGGAUUCACCGAGAUGGGGAAUAAGAACGCAACCACUUUGCGUUCUUAUUUUUUUCUACAGUAGGUAGCACUUAUUUGUUCUGUAGGAGGGGGGAGACCACAUCCGUACUGGUAACCCUGUCUACUCAGAACUCUUCUGCCAUACUUUUUACUCAGGGUUGCUUAUUAGAGAUGCGUGUUAAACCCAUGUGAGAGGAUCCACGUGAUUUAGUGUUGCUCAUAUCAUGAGCACACGUGGCAAAAUAUUUUAAAAAAAUAAAUUUGCAUGCGUGGAGGCAGAGCAUAAAAGCGGCUACAGUUUCAUGCAUCCCUUUUGCAUGGUCACCAUUUAUCUACAGAUGGAUCUCGUGGAAAAUUCUUUGCUGUGGACGGAGGCAGUGGCAUGCUAACUUAUUCUCUUGCUACUCUCAUUGGCUCUCUUCUCCACUCCUUGCCUACACUCUUAUCUCCUAUUUUCGUGGAGAGAAUGCAUUAAAUCAAAUGUAGCAACACAUCACUAACAGGCGGGGGGAGUGUUUCUGUGCUUGAAUUCUGCUUGCGGGUUUCCUACAAGCAUGACUGGCCACUGUGAGAACAGGAUGCUGGACUAGAUGAGUCAUUGGCCUGAUCCUACAGGUUGUUUUCAACAUACUUAUAAAAUAUUGGGCACCUGCACACCCCAUUUUAUGAGCCAGGUUAGGGAAGAUUGAGGCUCAAUACAGCAAGCUCCUUUUCUCCUGCUCUGGAGGGGUUGGGUCUUGAACCAAUGGAUUCGAGUUACGAAAAGGAGAUCUGAUUAAAUAUCAGGAAGUAAUAUCUGACAGUAAGAGCUGUUUGACAGUGAAACAGACUCCCACGAGAGGUGGUGGACUUGCCUUCCUUGAGGGCUUUUAAGCAGAGGUUGGAUGGCCAUCUGCCAUGGAUGCUUUAGCUGAGAUUCCUGCAUUGCAGGGGGUUGGAUGAGAUGAGCCUCGGUGGUCCCUUCCAACCCUACAAUUGCAUGGUUCUAAAAUGCUACUUCAACUGGAUAAAGAACAGUCCUGUGCUUUGUGGUAGGGAGCCUUGCCCUAACUUGGAACAGCCCAGGCCUACCCCUGAGAUAGAAUGUGAAUGUACUGAAGCUUAUGCUGUAGCAGCUAAACUAUUUCACCAUACCCUCAUCUCAUGGAAAAUGCAGGGGUGCUGCUAAGAACAAAAGAAGGGUUGCAAACAGUGUCGUCCUUGUUAAGAGUAGAUGUUAAAGAGGACUGGCAUGAAAUUAACUCAUCUGUGUUGCAGAGUAAACGUCUAGAACGACAGGCCUUGCCUUAGCUAUUCUCUGCCUUAUGUGCUAUGCUCCAUAGAAACAGGAUAGUGUGUUCCUUUUUUUUAAAAAAAUGCACAAUGUGUCUCUGUCCCUUCUCUUUGGGCAGGCUUGUGAUUUGUACCUUAGUCCAGAACGUGGCACUUUCCCCAAAUUCCCCUUGUGAUCCGUGACCAACUCUGUCCCAUACUCACAGGAGCACAGGUCGGACCUGUGCUUGAGAAAGCCCUGCAAGGUUUGCAACUGUUUCAUCUCUUGUCAUCCCUCUUUCCUUACAAGAAUUUUUGCAUCGCCCUCCUGCUUUCCAUUAAUUGCAUACACAUUGCAGUUAAGAAACUUCCCACAUCUUGCAUGAUCGUGUGUAGAUAAGUUAACACUGGUGGGCCUAUGACUUGGGCACUCAGUUGGGGGGGGGGGUGUUGCUUUGAGAGCUGAUGUUAAAAAAAAUGAAAAUAUGCAAAAAGUAGACAACCCAUGGGAGUCGACCGAAGCAAAAUGCUAACCAAAAAAAAAAAGAACCGCACACAUACAAAAUCCUGUCACUACUACUAACUGGAU